CUUCUUCUUCAGAAACAAUCUCAUCGUAAACUCCAUGACCACUUUCUCUCAAGGCAAAUUGCAAAGCACGAGUACGCUAAAUCUUUCCAGCCAUGUCAACAAUCAACCGAGAUCCAGAACGCUUCGUCUGGCGUAAUGGCACCAUGGUCAUGAACCCAGCCCACUUCGGCAUUGAGCCCGAGCAGAAUCUCAUUAAACAAGCACAGGCACGAGAACUCAUGGAAGAAAUCUACAGCGUUCCCAUUGAAUCACAAACAGUCGUAGCAGAUCUUCUCGCCAAGGAAAACGAGCAUGUUGCACCUUAUAUGUUCUAUGAAGCAGUAAAGACCGGGCACGCCGAGAUUACAAAAGCACUCAAAGAGAGUGGAAAGGUCGCGUUCGGCGCCGCUUCGCCAAAUCAAUACGAUGAAGUGGUAAGGAAGUAUGAGCAAGGGAGGUCAGAUGAUGUUGUAGGGCUGAGUGAGGAGGAGAGAACAGAAGGGUUAAGGAACUGGUUGAAGGAGAUUCCUGGGAGGGGUCAGGACUUGAUGUUCCAUGCCGCAGCUAAGGGAGCAAAAGACAUCAUCAUUCGGUUGUUGGAGAUAGGCAUCGUUCCCGGAAGCGAAGCCGACAAGUCGCUUAUGCCAUUACACGCAGCCUGUUACAAUGGCCAUCUCGAUUGCGCAAAGGUUCUCAUUCAGAGUGGCAUGAACAUCAAUUGCCGAGAUGAAUUCGGCGGCACACCAUUGAUGCGCGCGGCGGUGGGAGGGCGAACCGAAAUCGUCCGAUGGCUGUUGGAAAGUGGCGCUCGUCCGCACUUCCGAGAGUCUCGUGAAGGCAAAUACAAUGCGUUGGAAUAUGGUGCUGGGAAAGAUGUGGAAAUCGUCAGAUUGCUGCUCGAUGCAUGUGGCUGGAGUUCAUUCGCUUUGAUGGGCGCAGCCAGCUUUGGCCAGGUCCAAAGUUUCGAGUUGAUCGCACAAGCUGCCUCCUUCCCCGACCCCUCGGCCUCAACAGUGGACAAGAAAUUCUGGAACUCGCUGAGCGCUGAGCAGAGAGACGCGAUCGUCGGAUCAAUCGACAAGGGAGGUGCAGGCGGCAGCUGCGAGAUCUUGAGAUAUUUGCUGUCUUUCGUUCCCACAGAAUUGGUGACCACCAUGCCGGUCAAGGGAGCCAUUGAGACCUCAAUUCAGAGGGCUGCUCGUGGCGAUCAUGCCGACGUCGUUAAACUGUUGCUCGAUGCAUGUAUUGCAAGCCAUGAAGACACACAGGCCCAGCAACGACAGGUCGACGAGCUUCUGAUCGAUGCAGCAGCAGCCAACGCCAUUGAAACCGCCAAGGUCUUGCUGGACAAAUACAAGGCGAAUGUCAACUACCGUUGUCAGACCACGCAGACAACCACUUUGUACAACGCGACUCGGAAUAAUCAUGCGCGGAUGAUUGAGCUCCUUGCAAACCAGUACCAAGCUGACAUUCAAAAAGCCAGUGGAAAGUUCGCUAAUGGCCCGACGGCGCUCUGGCUAGCUGUUGACAAUCAACUUGAGUUGGCAGCAAGAGCACUCCUGGCAUGCGGAGGCCCAGUCGAGUCGAUCAGCCCGAGCGUCGUGGACGGGCAGACAACCAAAGUGUUCGUAUCAAAAGAGAGCACACGCCGCGCUCCAGUGAGGAUUGAGACAGCCAUGAACCCGGCUUGGGAUAUCGAGGGCUCCGAUGAGAAAUUCUUGUGUCUAGAAUAUCCCGAGGGCUGGCCAGGCGGGGUAUCGCAGCGCAAACCAGAUGCGGAAUUGAAGGAUGACCGCGAUGUCAAGGCUGCAGAAGUUGAUGGUUUCGUGGUUGUCUGAACGAAAUUUCCCUCGCUCAUCCCGCUCCGAUGGUCACGGUAUGCCAGUAUUGCAUAUCCUACCAUCAACGGAACCAGUCCAAUUGCAUCUGCAGAUAAGUGCAGUGCAAUACUGCAGUCCGAAUAGUACUUUACUAGAGCACAUGAAUCUGCUAACAAUCAAUAUGGUGAUAGUCUAUAU